AUCACAUAAAUUUCUUAAUAUAAUUGCACCACUAUGAGUGUUUCUGUCAUUUCUCCAUAAACUGGCCUUGUGAUUGUGAUGUCUUGUUGAGGAGCUGUUGAACUUUGCUUUUUGUGAUCAAAGAUAGACUACUACUUUCCACUAUAUGACAUAAUUCUUGUUAGGUAGGAUGAGGAAGCAUCACACUCAAGGAAGAGCUUUCUAGCCAAGUUGGCAACCAUCAACCUUAGAAAAUUUUUUGAAUUCAUCUUUCUCUUGAAGUUCUUCUGAUUCUGCUCAAGCUUUUUAUUAGUUUUUUGUUUACAAUGAUGAACUCUGAUGAAUCACAUCCAAGAUAUGAAGAAAAUCAUCACUAUGAUGACUAUGGAUUUUAUCUACAAGAAGAUUUUUCUCAGUUCUUGGAGGAAGCAAGACAAUAUGGGAAGGAAGCAAAACUGAAGAGUUGUUCAUCAUCAUUAGUGCACCCUGAAGAAUCAAGAGGAAAAUUCAAAGAGAAUAAGAAGAGCAAGAAGGAAAAGAAAUCAUGGAAGAAUUCAUUGGUUUCAUGGUUGAAAUCUGAGAAUAAAAAUAAAAGUACUAAGUCAAAUGCUUAUUAUAGUAGUGAAAAGCAUCAUGGGCAUGUUUCUGGUCCAAUAACACAAAACAAAAACAUUGAUGAAGGGAAGCAAUGGAGUUCAACAUCUUAUUAUUCUGGCCCAUUAACAAGUUUCUUUAAAGGCACAAAGAGAAAGGAGAGUGAGAUACCUUAUAUGUCACUUCACCAAGGAAACCAUGCUAAUUCACAUAACUAUGGUCCCCUUUAUUUGGUUACUUGAAUGUUGUUCAUGUAUUAAUAAUAUUAUCACUAUCAUAGAUUGCAAAUUCCUACUUUUAUUUUUAUUUACAUGAUACUAAAUUUAGUGGCAAAUGCAUUAGCAUUGGGUGAAUUUAGAUAAGUUUGAUAGCAUAUGUAAUUGAAUGAAUAGUUUAAUUAAUUAUGUUGUAUUUGGCUUUGAAUAUGA